UAAUAGCCUAUAUCUGGAUGGGUUCCUCAGCAGAUACAUCAAUUGUGUUUUACCUCGUCACUAAUUUCAAAGAAUUGAAGAGAACUAUUGGUGUUGAUCUACCUCGGAAUAUAGGAAGGGCUGCAGAAAUGGUUUCUGCAGCAUCUAGAAUAAACAAGGUACUGUCUGCAGACGAGUCGCAUUGCAGUUCAUGUUUUCAUGUUGACAAUCCAAUUGUGGAACUGAAGAGAGUUACAGUUCAUGUAGGAGGACUGGAAAUAUUGAAAGACAUUUCCUUUGAGGUCGGUGCAGGAUUAACAAUAGUUACUGGGAAGAUUGGAUCUGGCAAGAGUACUCUUUUAAAUACUAUCCUGGAAAAGAACCUGUUGAGUUCAGGGAAAGUCCACAUACGUGGUAGUAUUUCUUAUGCAUCACAAGAUCCAUGGUUGUUUCCCUCUACGAUCAGGCAAAAUAUUUUGUUUGGAAAAAAAAUUGAUGAGAACCGAUAUCGACGAGUAAUCCAAACAUGUGCUCUACAGUAUGACUUUGAUCUUCUGGAUAAAUCAGAUGAAACUAUUUUAACUGAUAAUGGAGCAAAUUUGAGUAAGGGACAAAGAACCAGAAUAAAUUUGGCCAGAGCAAUUUAUAACGAUAGUAAUAUUUAUCUACUGGAUGAUUCUUUGAGUUCUUUAGAUUCUUGUGUCCAAGAUUAUGUCUUCAACAAAUGUAUCAAAACUUUUCUGAAGGAUAAAAUAUGUAUCCUUGUCAGCCAAAAUAUGGCUCAUGUCAACAAAGCAGAUACUGUUAUUAUUAUGGACGAAGGAAAAAUAAAGGAAAUUAAAAGAUUUAAUAGAAAAGCGUCACAAGAUGAAGAAGUUCGUUAUGAGGAACAAAAUGUAAAGAAAAUAGCAAGUGAUGAAAGUAUUGAGGACGAAUUAGAUGAAACUGCAUUAUUGAUAGAAAUAGAUGACUCAAGAAAAAAUCUAAUUUAUAGGGAAGAGAAAAAAGAGGGGAAGGUAUUGAUCGAUGUAUACCACAAGUAUGUUAUUUUUGGAGGAGGAUAUAUCUUACUUCUGAUGAAUUUAGCGUUAGGAGGACUUACACAGAUUUCUGGAAGUUUCGCUGAUAAGUUUCUGACCAUGUGGGUGGACGAUAAACAGAAAAUUUUGACGUUGAGAAACCAGUUUUCAAAUUUUUCCACCGAGAAUAUCACUAUCAAUCAGACAUUAGUACAAGCUGAAGCACAAGAGAAUCACACUUUGAGACUAUAUUCUAUUCUACUUUUCACAGCUACUGUCCUGGUACUGAUAACUACGUACGUGAAUUUCGAUUUUUGUAGACGAGCAUCCAUUAAAAUUCACCAAGUUCUGGUUCGCAGCAUUAUGAGAACAUUUCCUUCCUUCUUCGAUUCUUGUUAUAUUGGUAAUAUAUUGAACAGAUUUUCAGAGGAUUUGGCACAACUAGAUGAAAACUUUCCUUUCAUUUUCCGGGAAUUACUGGAGGACAUGUUUUCAAUCAUAGGUCAGAUAAGUCUGGUACUAACUGUUGAUAAAUAUUUCCUAGGGUAUAUUUCCAUCGCAUUCAUUGUGCUUCUUAUGCUAGGGAAAGUGUAUAUUCCUUCUGGGCGGAGUUUGAAGAGGCUGGAAGCAUCAACUCGAAGUCCUAUGGUUGGCCAUCUGAAUGCUUGUUUGGAAGGCUUGAAAACUAUCAGAGCUUCGAAGGCAGAAGAUAUUCUCAAGAACGAGUUUGAUCGUCAUCAAAAUCUAUAUACCUCAGCCUUAUACACAUCAAUUUGCGCAAUGAGCGCAUUCACCUUCUUCAUGGAUUUAGCCAGUUGCGUUCUGAUUAUAGUUGUGGUUAUCCAUUUUCUCUUCAUAGACACAGGUGCCAGUUCUGGUAACGUGGGUCUUGCAUUGACGCAAGCUUCAAUGCUUGGAAGUACCAUUCAGUACGCAAUUCGAAAAUUGUCAGUAUUAGAAAACUCUAUGACGUCUGUAGAGAGGAUCCUGGAGUACACAGAAGUUCCUUUGGAGAAGUGUGAGGGGGAAGUACAAAAUAACUGGCCAGUGGAGGGAAAUGUGACGUUUGAAAAUGUUUCACUUUCCUACAACAAAGAAACUAUUCUGAAAGAUAUAUCUUUCAAAACAGAACCGAAACAGAAGCUUGGAGUGAUGGGAAGAACAGGAGCAGGAAAAUCUUCGAUUAUUUCAUUAUUGUUCCGAUUGUACGAUUAUCAGGGAAAAAUAUGUAUUGAUGGAGUUGAUAUAAAAAAGCUCCCCUUGAAAUUUCUCAGGGAAAAUCUGGCUGUAAUACCACAUGAUCCACUGAUAUUUUCUGGAACAGUUCGCUCUAAUAUUGACCCAUAUGGUGAAUUCGUUGACAUAGAUCUGGCAGGAGCUCUUGAGAAAGUAAAAAUGAAAGAUUUCGUUUCAAAGUUGGAUCUGAAAAUCACGAGUGAGUUGAACUUCAGUUCUGGUCAGAAACAACUCAUCUCCUUAGCCAGAGUUCUCCUCAGAAAGAAAAAAAUUAUUAUUAUGGACGAGCCACUAGAAUAUCUGGACUACGAGACGCAGGUCAUUGUGCAAAAUAUCAUAAAUGAAAAUUUUCAAGAUUGUACAAUAUUGAUGAUUUCUCACAAAGUGCAACCUUUUUUGGAAUUUGAUGAGGUGAUGGUUCUAGAUGGCGGUGGAAUUAUUGAAUUUGGAGAACCAGCGAUCCUGCAGAGAGAUGAAAAUGGAUGUUUUCAUAAAUUGGUUGAACAAGCGAAAUCCCUGAACCAUUCGGAUAGUUCAAGUGGAAAUAAAUAAUUUUUUUCAUUUUACCAUUCAAGAUUGUUUGUGAUGCAAUUUAUGACUUUUUUUAUAUAAGUGAAUAUACAGAACAUUCUAGAAUGGUAGAUAUUAUGGUGUAUUCAGGAAAUUCAUUGAUAUCGUUUUAAUUUUCACAUCAAUUUUUGAUGGCUCAAACAAUAUCAUGAGAACUUUGAAAUAGUCGGUAUGAUAUAAAAUUCAAUUUUUUU